AUGAGCUCCUGGGCGAGUUUACAUAGGACAGGCUUCGAGAGACCAUCGGCGGGCAGCCCAUCACUGCGAUAUAACUCGACUCGACUCGACUCGACUCUCACAGGAAGGGGGGAGCGCAGCAUCGACGUCGCCCGCCGCCGCGAUGCCGCCCCCGUCCCCCGCCUUCGUCGGGAUGGGGACCUCUUCCCCACCUGUUUUGUCGCAGAUGCGCUGGAUCCGUUCAGCCAGCAGCGGAGCCUAUCCGAUGUCUUCAAUGUGGUGGACCGGAUGCUGGAUAUUUUCCCCUUCGGGGCGGGAUGGCGUGGGUGGGACGCGAGGGAGGACCUCAGAGCGCUGUACCUGAAGGGGGAGAUGCCGGGACUCGGGAAGGACGACGUGCAGAGAAUAGCACGCUGGUGA